UCCAUCUCACACGACAAUGGACAAGACAAAGUAAUGCUCCAUCCUGUCCGAACUUGAACAGAACUACACCCACGUAUUCAUUUCGACAGGCUCCACCCACCCCCAAAAGGCAACAGAAAGGAUAGAACUGAUAUAGAAAUCUCCUCCCACAUAUCGGCCCUCUGAGGUGAACUCUGGAACUGCUGACCCACAUGCGAGUCGUGCGACCAACGGAAUCUGUUACUCGCCAAUUAUCUGAGGCCGGCCUAGCUCGACUGGAAAUCACCUAGUAUCGCUCCAAUGAAGAUAUGAUACGGUUUUCCUCACUCAUAUGAAGCUUCCAUAGACAUGUCUUCCUCCCAUCUGCAUGCGCAACUUUUGAGUUGUUCCAACUGGAGAAGGUCACGUGGAGGGUCGAUUGGACGAUUGAGUUGACUCAUCGAUCAGAUAAGCUUUUUCCCUCUCGCGUGGGUCCCGCCUUGCGACGACAAUGAGUACCCUCCCGCCCGGCGAAGCGCGUGUUAAACCCGAAUUCCUCCUCCCCAUCGCCAACGCCUCCAGCAACUCCGUUCCAGACGACGACGCCGCGGAAUCGUCCGCCCGGCCCACCCGCGACGCCCGCAACUCGAACUCAAAUUCACAGCACCACGCGCGUGACGGCCCGCGCCUGUCCAAAGCCGAGAAGAAGGCGCUCAAAAAGGCGCAGACGGGGUCGAACAAGGGCCGCCGCUUCGCGAAGGUGCACGAGGGCGUCGACCUGUGCUACCUCGUCGCCGCGGGACGGGUGUGUGACUUUGGCGACGCGUGCAGGAACAGCCACGAUGUCGCGAAGUACUUGGAGGAGAAGCCGCCUGGGAUGCGGUUGCCUGUUGCGGAGGAUGUGCAGCACAUGGCAUUACCGCUGCGGGCAUCGAGUGUGAAGGAGACCGCUGGGGAGGGGCAGACGGAGAUGGAGGUCGAUGUCGAGCCAGACUACAUGAAGUACACGCGGCCGGUCCCGGGGGAGCCUGCGGCGUGUCCACUGUGGGAGGCUUUGGGUGAAUGCCGCUAUGGAUUGCGAUGCCGGUACUCUGCAGCACACACGACGAUCUCAGCCACUGACCCUACCGCAUUCGAAAACUUGAAAAACGACGAGCGGAUCGCUGUGGCUGCGAGCACCGAGGCGGAGAUGAAUAGGGUCGACGUGAGCGUCCUCAGAGCGCUGAAGGGGAAGAAAUACCCCCUCCCUGUCACCAAAGCCUACGAGGCGGAAGUCGGUGCCGCCUCGUCAAAACCUGCACCUCCGAAAACUGCUGUCGUCAUCGCUGAGCCGGAGCAGAACGACGAGGACGAGAUCAUCGCCGAGCGCACCGGCACGACGGCGCAGCAGGCCACCGGCGCAGCAGCGGUCGACGCACCCGACGUGCCCGUGCGCUUCGCCGAGAAGCGGCGUUUGCACUGGGAGGGCAAGACGUAUCUCGCGCCGCUGACGACCGUCGGGAACCUGCCAUUCCGGCGGCUCUGCGUCGACUUCGGCGCGGACAUCACCUGCGGCGAGAUGGGGCUCGCGCAUUCAUUCCUCGGUGCGUCGAAGGAGGAGUGGAGUCUCGUGCGCCGGCACCCCAGUGAGCGGAACUUUGGGGUGCAGAUCGCUGGAAGCAAGAUCAGCACCGUCGUCGCUGCCGCGGAGGUGCUUGGGCGAGAAAUGGCGGGCGGGCUCGAUUUCGUGGACCUGAACUGCGGGUGCCCGAUUGAUUUGGUAUUCAAGACGGGCAGCGGGUCGGCGCUGCUCGACAAUCCUAAUCGUCUUGGCAGAUUGGUUGUGGGGAUGAACCGAGCGCUGGGUGAGGUCCCCGUGACAGUGAAGCUGCGGACGGGUGUCAAGGAGGGCAAGAACACGGCCCACAAGCUGAUGCCGAAGCUGGGUCCCGAAUUCGGUGCCGCCGCCGUGACACUGCACGGUCGUACGCGUCAGCAGCGGUACUCCCGACUUGCCGAUUGGUCGUACGUCAAGUCGUGCGUGACGGCUGUGCGCGAGUACGAGACCGACCACUCGCUGCCCCGCGUGCCGAUCUUUGGCGGCGGCGACUGCUUCAGCUCACAAGCAUACUGGGAAUGCGUCGACCAGUCCGGCGUCGACGGUGUGAUGAUCGCGCGCGGGGCCCUGAUCAAGCCGUGGAUCUUCACCGAGAUCAAGGAGCGACGCGAGUGGGAUAUCAGUGCCCGCGAGCGGCUCGAGGGCAUCCGCAAGUUCGCCGAGUACGGCUUGACACACUUUGGCACCGACACGGCGGGUGUGAACUCUGCACGGCGGUAUCUCUGUGAAGCGUUGUCCUUCCAGUACCGUUACGUGCCGUUGGGUAUCCUCGAGGUGCUUCCGCCGCGAAUCAACGAUCGUGCACCGGCGUUCCGGGGACGAGACGAACUCGAGACACUGCUGGCAAGCGCGGACAGUCGUGACUGGGUGCGGAUCUCAGAGAUGUUCCUCGGCCCGGCCCCGGAGACCUGGGUCUUCACCCCCAAGCACAAGAGCAACGCGUAUGAUAGUCAGGGAUGAGUCAUUAGGACUCAGAACUAGUGUCCUCUAUGCCGUUACACUCCCUAGAUAGCACGACAUUAGUGCCUCCAUCCUCAAAAGAACUCGAUGUAUACGACCCAGGUCCUCCCGGGCCGGUUGGGCCCGGCGGGACAUACUAAAAUAUUCCUCGAGCUCUCUGUCAAAGCGGU